AUGGCAAAGUUAAUAGUACAUAUUGCUUUCUUCAUUUAUUGCCAAGCAGCCAACCCAAAUCCAGCAGCACCACCAAAUAUGGUAAAUGGAGUACAAGAGGUUAUCACAGAUUAUAAAGCAAAUAAAUUAUGGGAUAAUGGUCAAUUAAUGGCAACAACAAAAUUAGAAGAAUGUAUGUUCAUUUCCUACGUGUUCAUUGUUUUUUUA